UGACAACUGAGAUCAAACAAAAUUAGGUGCAGAUUAUGAAACUAAAUAAGUACUUAAGCAGCCCGCUGUUUCAAGAUAUGUUUAGUAUGACGUGCAUUUGAUAAUUCACAACUGGUGCUCCACUGAAGGAAAAUGACAAAAUAAAUGUAAAUAUAAGACAUUUGUUGUCUCUCUCACACACACACACACACACACACACACACACACACACACACACACACACACACACACACACACACACACACACACACACACACACCCAUACUACGCUGUGUUUGUACAUCAAACACAGAAAGACUUCAUUCAGAAGGCAAGCAACAAAAGAAAGGUGGAUAUUAGGGAUCAUACUUACAAAUCACUGGUAAGUCACUGAUCAUUUUUACCACCUUUGAUUUUCACACGCAGGGAUGAGACACGCUCACAAUAUUUUGGCGUAGACUGAAUCCUCUUUCCAGCCAAUUAAUUGCUGAGACGACACUUGCGGCUGCCCUGCGUGCAGCUGUUGUUACGACUUCUCCCCCUGCAGAACCCGAGCCCACUCCGCACCAACUUGCCUCGCAGCCUCUGGAUCACCGCAGGACUUUAGACGGAGUCCAGCCGGGACGGAGCGCUGUUUUUAAGGUCGACCAAGCCGAGACUCUUCUCUCCAAUACGGACAUGAGGCGGUGCAGAACUCAAAUUUCAGGGGUUUUAGGGCCCAACGUGUACUCAGAGGCUCCUGAUGGAGGCUGGGGAUGGGCGGUUGCUGCGGCCUUCUUUGUGGUGGAGGUUUUCACCUAUGGCACCAUUAAGAUCUUUGGGAUCUUCCUCCUGGACCUGAUGGAGGAGUUUAAGGAGACCAACAGUCGAGUCUCAUGGAUUGUUUCCAUCUGUGUGUUUGUCAUGACCUUCUUUGGUCCUCUCGCCUCAGUGAUGACUAACCGCUUCGGGUUCCAGUUUGUUGUUAUGACUGGAGGAUUACUCAUUUGCUCUGGCACCAUUGCAACCAGCUUUGUCACCUCUAUCAAUCAAAUAUUCAUCACGUAUGGAUUAGUUACAGGCCUCGGCUACUGUCUGACCUUCCUGCCCACGGUGACCAUCCUGGCCAACUACUUUAACCGCCGGCGGUCUCUGGUCACAGCUGUGGCUUCAACUGGAGAGUCUUUGGCAAUGUUUGCCCUUGCACCAGCUUUUUCUGCAUUAAAAGAUCGUAUUGGCUGGCGACAUACCAUGACGGUAAUUGGAGCUUUGCAAAGCCUCAUAAUCAUCUGUGGUGCACUGCUUCGACCAAUCAUCAUCCAACCAAAAGCAUCCUGCAACACAGAGACUGACAGACUGUCCCCUAAGGAGAUUGAAGCCAUCCGAACACAGGAGACCAACGAGUUAACUGGAGACUCGUGUGUCCAUUCUCUCACGGACAGCAGCUGCCCGGAGGAUAAUAUUAUAGUUCACAAAGAAGCAACAUCAGAGACGGAACUGAAAUCUGUGGGAAACAGUGAAGUAGAUACUAAACAAUCAGAAACUGAGAAAAUGGUCAGAGACACAGAAAAGCAAGUGUUGAACGGCGAAGAACCUAAAUCAGGUGAUGGAAAGAAUUACAGGCUCUUAGACUUUUCCGUCCUCAAAGAGUGCAGCUUCAUUUUGUAUUCUCUGUUUGGAAUGUUUGCCACUCUUGGAUUCUUUGCUCCUCCACUCUACAUCAUCGACCUGAGUGUGAGUCGCGGUGUUGAGCGGGAGCACGCCACCUACAUGCUCUCCAUCAUGGCUGUGGGGGAAAUCUUGGGUCGAUUCUCAAUCGGGUGGAUCUUAACACUGAGAAAGUUAAGAAAGAGGAAACUUCUGGUGCUCCUGGCCUGUGUGAUCACAAUGGCUGUGGAUCUGAUGGGAUUUACCUUGGUAACAGAGUUUUAUGGCAUUGCUGUAUGCUGCGCUGUGUAUGGGUUCUUCAUGGGGACCCUGGCCUGCACCCACAUCCCUAUGCUGGCUGAGGACGAUGUGGUGGGCAUUGAGAGGAUGUCUUCAGCUGCUGGCGUCUACGUGUUCAUCCAAAGCUUUGCUGGCCUGGCUGGACCACCACUGGGAGGCAUGCUAGUAGAUGUGACUCAGAACUAUGGAGGAGCCUUUUACUCCUGCGCGGUCGGCAUGGGACUGAGUGCAGUGUUUCUGGGUUUGGUAAAACCUGCUAAGAAAGGACUCUGCUGUAGAAGGAGAUGCUCCAAACCCCUUCACCAUGAAAGUAACAAGCUGCAGGGAACAGCGUGAAGAGGAGAACCUGGACAAAAGAACUAAUAAUCCAAACCACUGCUCCAGGUCACUUGACCAAUUGGACCUCCGCCAGACGGAAGACACAGGCUUCAGGCUGAAGACACAAGAGGGCUGUACAUCAAUCUUGAGCAGGUAUUCCAAAGAUCAAGCAAUUUAAGACUACCAUGGACAUACAGUGCCUUUAGUGAAAAGAGUAAGGUGAAGAGGCAACUAAAUGGAGUCUAGACCUGCCAAUAAAGAUCUGAUGUCUUACAAGUAAUCUCAAAGUUUUACUGUAGAUCACAAUAUGAAUCAAGCAGCUGUGCCUUAAUUUAAUUGCUAUACCAAACAGUGUUUUUACUAGUAUAAUCACUGCAAAGUUUAAAUGGACCUUUGUAUCUUUACCCAGUUAAGUUACCGUCUUACUUUACUGGACGGUGGUGUGAGAUUUUGUAGGAAUGCAUGUUUAAAAUGAGCCAUGAAUGAAGUAGUGUGAAUGGAGGUGCUGUGAGGACGUUUUUUUCGACGCUAUAGUUUCAUAAAUGUAAUUAAAGGCCUAAUGCACAACGUUUUUAUAUUCACUUCUGAUAAUCAAUAUCAUAACAAUAGCUGGAGACACUGAAACAAGUGAAGCUGCAAAGUUUCCGUCAACUUGUUUCCUUGUAGGGAAUCACAAACCUCAGGUGGAUGAAAUCACAAGCAGUUAUCUUUAAUUAUGCUGUCACCAAUGUUAUUGUUAAUAAGCACUCUUACAUGUCAAACAAUUGUUCUUUGUAAUAAAAUUUGUUUAAUAAUAACACCACAACAAACCUCUCAAUCCCCCUACCCUACAAACUCGUACCAUCAAUUGUUCAUAUUUAUUGCAUCAUUGAUUGCAAAAUGUACUAAAUAAUCUCAGAGCUCAAACCAGCAGAGAGCUAAUAUGCAAGUUUCUCAAACCCAAGAAAUACCUAAAGGAUGAAAAGAGUUAUGUGGUAAACCUGCAAGCAUGUUGAUAUAUUUUGUGUACUCGGUGCAUGUUUAAUUUUAAAUUAAAAAAAAGGCAUACCAGUUAGCAGACACAGACACCAUUGGGCCCAAUCAGGGAUACUUUUGGCACUUGUGGCACUGUUAAAGCUCUGGGGAGAGCUAUGUGAUCACACACAUCCCAGAGUUCAUGAACUGAGCCAAAUAUGGCCCAAAUUUCUGGAGCUACUGCUGACAUGGAAUAUGCCAAGAGUUGUGAGGGGGCACCUGUGGCCAAAAGGACCAAAGAAAAUGCAGAAUUGAGCCACGCCUUGUGGAUAUGUGGCAGAGUUUAUGCAACCACAUACACCUUGAUUUCAUGCCGCCAGUCACUGAUUCAAGCUCAGUGAACCACAAAAUUCUGCAUCAAAAGUUUUCACAUACAAAUUGAACUGAUGCAUGCUUAAAGGAAUCGUGUUGAUGGGGGUUGUUAAAUUAAAAAUCCCAUGCCUGCUUUUGUUUGGAGAGGAAGAAUAAAAAAUGAAAAUUACAUUUCUGUAGAUAUUAAGUACAUGGGUGAAUUGAUAUUUGGGAGCAAGUUGUUGCAAUUUUACAUAUAAAAAGUAAAUGGUAUUCGGUUAAAUCACAGAAAAUUCUCGCAUCAACAUUGCAUGCAUUUAAGUCAAAUAUUUUCCACAUUUAUACAUCCCAGUCUGUUCCAUUGUCCACAUUUGUGGGUAAGUGCUAUAUUUUGUUACUUUCAAGGAUGUCCAAACACCUGCAGAGCCACAGUUUGGAUAUAUGAAAGUCUUCAAUGGGUUUGGGAAACUGUGGUGCGGCAUAACAAGCAGAUGCUGCCUCUGGUUGUGAUGUUUGACUCUGAUCCACCUCCAUCCAACGCAGUAAAGCCUGUUAAACACAGAUAAUCAUUUGAUUUAGAAAAUAAAACAAUGAUUUUACUGUUUUGGUGAACUGAUCUUUUGGUGUGCACAAAUUAAUAUAGGAAGAAAUUCAAGAAAUUCCACCCCUCACACUGAUGGAGUGAAAUCUACCUGAACGGGCAGGGUUAGCCCAUACUUUCUAUGAAGAAAUGAAUUACCUUGUAUCUUUCAGCUAUUUUGAAGCGGACUGAGACGUGUAGUUUGUGAAGACAGAUAGGACAGAAAUCCAAGGGUCUGCGAUCCGACUCCUCAAGAUGGUUAGAGCCCUGCAUGACACAGUUCAUCCACUGGCAGUGCUUUACUCCAAACAUAUGGCCAAUCUCAUGAGUCAUGGUCUGCAAAUGGACAUUUGAUGUAGAGUUGAUAUAGACUAUUUAAAUCAGCAGCACUGACACAAGUUGAAGAAUGGAUCCUUUUAUAAUCAUCAAAGAUUCAUAGCUCCAGAAUUGAGUGAGUGCAUAAGUUUUUCAACAACCUUGCAGGAUCGAAGUAGUAAAGUGCUGGAAAUGGGUGGAGUGUAGUAUCCCUCAAACACAGAGUAGUCUCCCUGCCUUGGCAUGAGCUGCUUCUUCAGCCUCCCAGCAUAACUUCGUGUGUAGAAGUUGUCAUCAUACCUCGCAAAGCUGAAAACACCCAUACCUGUGUAUAAGAAACAGUCAAGCCACAGGUCACACUUUGAACCGUGCUGUGAUUUAUUAUUUACCACCAUCUAGUGGUUAAUCGGUAACACUACAUCAUAAGAACCAACGCGUUCCUCUACUUUAACCAUUACUAAAUGUUAUGUUUGUUUUUUUUUUCCUAUACUUUAAGAGAAUGUUUUGUUUUGGUUUUUACAGUUUCAGGACUUUCCGUGUUUAUAAACCUCACCCUGACAAAGAGAAGCCUGGCCAAAAACAAAGUUCCAGGAGUCAUUGGGGUAUAGAUCAAUCAUUGUGAUUCCAACUAUGCAGAAAGCAUCUUUAGGUUUCUUGUUCUCCAGAAAUCUCAGCAGGUCACCUUGAUUUAGAGAAAAAACAACAAAGACAGAGCAAGUUUUUCACUUUUACAUUUACCACAGUCGCAGAUCUGCGGUACAUGGAAAAUAUCAAAAUCUGUUACAGUAAAAUUAAGGCAGAACCUAGAAAAAAAAAACAACAAAAAAGCAAAAUCCUUUGAAUGAAUACAUUUUUAUUUCGAACAUGUAUAUAAAAUGAAAGUAAAAAUAAAAAUAAAUAAAAUAAACAUUUACAUCUUCAUAUUCACAUAGCAAAAUCCUUAAGAUACCUGUGAGGAUCUGAAGAUUGUGUGAGUUACUGUUCACUCUGAAAGUGCAUCCUGUUUCAGACACUGUGACUGCUGGCAGCAACUUGACAGAAAGUCCAUAAAAAAAGGCUUGGCAGUAGUCUCUGAGCCACUCAACAUACUGGUCUGUCUGGGCCCCAGCUUCUCCAAAUGAACCUAAAACAAGUACAGUAUAAAAUGAAAGACAAGCAUCCACAUGACAUGUGGGAUUUGAGGGUUCAGUACAUAUUAUAUUUUGCACUCAAAGUCAGAUAAAUUGUAAAUACGCUGAAAUGCUCAUGUUCUGCACACAUUCCAAUAAAACUGAUGAAAACAUAGAUAUGAUGCAACCUAGGCACAAAAACUCUCACCUAUGGUUUGAAUAUAAAUGGUAUUGUGGCCCGCAUUAGGUAUCCUGCGAUAAGGGUCUCUGUAGAAACUCUCAAAGUCUUGUGGCUCCUCAGGGUGUGCAAGCAUCCAGUCUGAGUCGGAGUGCAAAGUGAUGGGGUGAAAAAGGGAAUCUGGCUUUCCUGGAUGGAAUCCUUGCUCCAGAAGACGUCUUUCUUCAGUUGUGUAUUUAGUAUAAAUUUUGGCUACGUCCUGAGAAUUAGAGACCAAAGCUGAGCUGAGCUUCUCUGCAGAGUGCUGGAUCACUUUCAUCUGCAAAAAAGAUUAACAUCCUGAAGUCACGGUGAACUUUGCAUCCAACAUUGUUUUACUAUCCUUUUGUUUCUAAGUUGACUAAAGCUACAUCCACAAACUCAAAAGAACAUGUGGUACACUGGGAAAUGUUAAUAAAUAUAGAAUUACAUUAUUUGCAAAUCAUUAAAAAAAAAUCUUGUCAAAUGUUGCACCUGAGAAACUAAUGAGUUUCUAGUUUAGACAGGGGUAUGUGUACCACUGUUAUUUACUUCUAGCAACCCUCUUAAGAGUUUGGUUACUGAGCAAGUGUUUCAGCUACUUGACAUGUUUUAUUUCACAGAUGACAUGAGAGGUUGAUGUUACAACUAUUGUCCAAACUUGCCCAUUUUUCAUCACUGUAUUUUAUUAUCUAUGAUCACUUUUGUUUCUCUAUUAUCUCUGUAUUUAUUGUCUUUAAUUGUACAUUCUGCUUUAAUCUCUACGCUGGCAAAAGGUUUAAGUGAAAUGUAUUAUUAUUGUGAUUGUAUCAUAGCUCUUUAAAUGUUUUUAGUGCUGUUUGUUUUCUGUGAAUCCUUUAUGUAUUUUAUGGGCCAAAGACAAUAAAAUAACCAAAUGUUUUGCAUAUUUACCAAGAUAAAUGUUAUUCUUAAAAUGCUGAACUGAUGAUCUAUGCAGUCUUUCACAGACUAGUGAACUCUUUUCCCAUCUCUGUUUAUAAUAUUCCACCCAGUCAUGUUGAUGAACUCCUGCUAAUUAAUACAGUUUUUUUUUAAACUGCCAUUGUGCUGCCAUUGUUAAUAUACUGUGUAAUGUGUCGAAGUGACAUUAGAAGCCAUUUGAAUGGUAUCUUACAUAGCUUUCCAACAAGACUGUUUGUUUUUGUAUCACAUGUUAUGUAUGAACUUGUUGCAGAAGUUAUUUUUUUGUAUGUUUUUUUUUUACUUAAAUUCAAGAUGUUUAGCACAGCAUCGGCUUAAUGUUAAUGCUUUAUCAUCAGAUUCAGGUGUAUUUGGCCAAGUCAGGUCAAACAAGACAGGGAAUUUGACUCGGUUAUUUUCGCUCACUGUACAGUAAAUAGACAAAUGACAGCUCUUAUUAACGUACCGGUAUACAAUUUUUGUGAAAGUGAAAGGUGCAGCAGUAUGAGAUAUACAUGGUUAUUGAAAGGUGCAUUGUUACAGCAUAUGAUUGUGGUUAUUAUUAUUAUUUAAUUAUUAUUAUUAUUAUUAUUGCACAGUGAUUGAUUACUCUGAGACUCUAUGAGUGUUGAGAGUUCAUCAGAGCAACAGCUUGGGGGAAGAAACUGUCUCUGAGUCUCUGGAGGUUUUGGAGUACAGUGCUCUGUGUCCUGGGUGUGAGGGGUCUGCAGAGAUGUUACCUCCAUACCUGUCAAGUCUCCUGUUUUAGCCGGGAAACUACCCUAUUUCACCCCUCUUUCCCGCCGUCCCCUGUAUUAGUAUUUUCCCGUAAAUUUCCUGUUUUAUAACAUAAUCAUUUUAAAAAGCAUUCCUGAGCCUCUCAAAACUGAAUUGUAACCGGCCUCGCGAGAACUGCCUCUUGCUGUGGCAGUUCUCGCGAGGUUAGUGGCGACAACGGUAACAAACUCGGCACAACAGCUCAUGUAACUAACAGAGGAGACAUUUCUGCCAACAAAGCGAAGACUUCGUUUAAAUAUUUCUAAAAAUGGGAGACCAAAUUUACUUCCCUAAAGAGGAGCAGGAUGGGGCUGAGAGCCACAUGAUUUAAAAUUACAAAUUAAAAGAAAAUGUAAAUGUUUCACUUGAAGACAAUCAAUUGUGUAUAUUAAUUGAAAAUAUUUAAAAUAAAUAAAUGUGCUUUAA